AAGAAAAUAGUGUGAAGUGUAAAGGGAAGUCCACUCUCCUCUACAAACCCUCCUAGGGUUCUUUCGUCUCAAUUCUCGUCUCCCCUCUUAAGUCUUAACUCUUCUCAAUACCUCCCAAAAAUCAAUGGACAAAAAUAGGAACAGGAACAGGAAAAGACCUCAUCUUGAGCGCCAUCCUUCCUCUUCAACCCCGACUCCACCCCUUCCUUUCUCCACAAACCCACCUGUUCCCCACCAUUCUCCGCCUCAAACCCACCUCCUCCCCAAUAAGCGUUCACGGCCAGCCUUCGCCUCAUAUUCUGAUGCCCCAGACCUCCAUCCCAAAGUCAAGCUCUUUUGCGAAAUCAUCGCCACCACUCCCUCCGUCUCCGUCGAGAUGGCUCUCCAAGAUACCGGUCUCCGAGUCACCCAACAAGACGUCGAACAGGUCCUCAAGUUCUCAUAUGGGUUUCCGGGCCCCGCCGUCAAGUUUUUUCGCUGGUCCGGCCACCAGCUCAAUAACAAUCACAGCCCCUACGCUUGGAACCUCCUUGUGGACUUGUUGGGCAAGAAUUCCUUGUUCGACGCCAUGUGGGACGCCGUCAAGUCCAUGAGUAGAGAGCGUCGUUUGCUCUCUUUGGCCACUUUUGCUUCCGUCUUUAGCAGCUAUGUCAUCGCGGACCUUGUCCAAGAAGCAAUCUCGACGUUUGAGGUUGUGGACCACUACGGCGUUCCGCGCGAUGUAGUGGCGUUAAAUUCGCUUCUGAGUGCGAUUUGUAGAGAUGGGGAGACUGCGGAUGCGGUGGAGUUCUUGCGGUUUGCGAAAGAGAAGAUCAGGCCUGACGUGGAUACGUAUGCGAUUCUGUUGGAAGGGUGCGAGAAGGAAGGCAAUGUGGGUUCUGCUAGGCAGAUAUUUGCGGACAUGGUGUUUGAGGCGGGUUGGGACCCGGGCAAUGUGCCGGCUUACGACUCGUUCCUGAGCACUUUGAUCAAGGGCCCUGAUGGGGUUCACGAGGCGAUGAAGUUCUUCGAUAUGAUGAAAGCUAGGCGUUGUUAUCCGGGGCUGAAGUUCUUCAAGGCUGCACUCGACGAGUGUUCGAAGAAAGACGAUCCCCGUGGAGCCGCAUUGCUUUGGGACGCCAUGGUUGGUGAAAUUGGUUUUAGACCCGAUACCCAGAUGUAUAAUUCGCUUAUUGCUUUGUAUUGUCGGUGUAAGGGUACUGAUAUAGCGAAUAGGAUGUUGGAUGAGAUGGUUUACAAUGGGUCAUUUCCAGAUUCACAAACUUAUAAUGUUCUGUUUCAGUUCUUAAUGAAGGGCAGGAAGUUAAAGGAGGCUUCGAUGAUAUACAAUGAGAUGAUUAAAAAUGAGUGUGUUCCGGACCAUGCCAAUUGUAGUUCAGCAGUUAGGAUUUAUAUGGAUUCUGGGGAUUAUAAUAUGGCUAUAAAAGUAUGGAAAUGCAUGAUAGAGAAUUAUGAUAAUGACUUGGAGGACACUGGGAAUAUAUUGGUCGUAGGGCUACGCGAUAUUAAUAGGGCCCCGGAAGCAGUUAAGUAUGCAGAAGAUAUGAUUUGUAGAAGAAUCAAGGUGGACUCUUCCACAUUGUCAAAGCUGAAGCAGAGCCUUGCCAAAGCGGGAAAGCAACUUGUGUAUGAUGAACUCUUUAGAAAGUGGAAUUCCAUUAGUUAGUUAAUCUCCUAUAUACAUUUUGAUGUUUUUUGCCAAGUGUUACAUGGAAGUUCCAUGGACCUUGUGAGUCUGUGAUAUGGUUUUAUUGUUUGCCAUAUCAUUCCACCGGAGAAUGUGGUUUCAUUUCGCAUGGUUCGGACUUAUACCAGAAUUGUAAACUUGUGUUAGAAAAAUGAAAAGGAAUUCAACGACAUUGAAACAAGCUA